GGGACUUUUCAAGCUAAGUUGGACGUUAAAUUGAAAAUGUCGUAGUUAGAAAGAGAAGAGGGGACACAGUGUCACAGUGAUGAAAGCUGGACCUUCAGUGAGGCUGUAAUAGUUACAGUUAGACCACAAACCGUUUUUUUAUCAUCUGCUUCGGAGAGGAUCUCUGUGACUGUUAAUGAUGAGCAGGAGUGUUUUCAUGGGCUUUGUGGCAUCUGUGUUUGGACUUCUCUUGUCAGGUUCCAGAGUUCAUGCACAGGAGACGCCGCCCCGCAUCGUCCACCAGCCCUCUGACGUAGUGGUGAAGGUUGGGAAUCCCGCCUCGCUCUCCUGCCGGGCGGAUGGCAACCCGAAGCCGACCAUAGAGUGGCUGCAGAACGGGCAGCCUCUGGAUAUGACAAACGGAGAUGAAUACAUGCAGCCCUUGGCUUUGUCAGAGGGGAGCCUCUUCUUCCUGAGCGUGGGAGGAGGCAGGCGAAGUCAGUCGCAUGAGGGCGUGUACACCUGCGUGGCCACGAACAGUGCAGGAAAGGCCACCAGUCGUAACGCUUCCCUGUACAUUGCAGUGUUGAAGGAGGAGUUCAGUGUGCAGCCCAGUGAUGUGGAGGUGGCAGAGGGGGAGGUGGCUGUCCUAAACUGCAGCCCCCCAGUGGGACACCCAGAACCUAAUGUCAUGUGGAAGAAGAAUGGCUGGCCCAUCAACAGCUCGGAUCACCACUACACUGAGCUAAGUGGGAAGCUCAUCAUCGCUCCUGCAGAGAGGACGCACUCUGGUGCUUACAUGUGUGUGGCCAGCAACACUGUGGGAGUGAGAGAGAGCAGGGCGGCGCGGCUCACUGUGCUCGCCAAGCCUGUGUUGGUGAUGAAACCCGAAAACGUGUCUGUGAGACUGGGGGAGUCUGCCCAGUUCCACUGCCGAGCUAAAGGUGACCCCCCACCUGCUGUGGUCUGGAGCAGAGAGCAGGGACCACUGCCCAACGGCAGGUAUCUUGUAAACCCAGACCAGACUCUCCAGAUUCACUAUGUGUCCACCCAGGAUGCUGGGAGGUACACCUGCACUGCUGUAAAUGAUGUAGGCGUGGUCACAGCCAGCGCACAGCUACUUGUUGACGAGGCUCCCAGCACCACACAGAGAGACCUCCACAAAGAGCUGUCAGCCCUGAGAGUUUCUCUGGAGAACGUGUCCAUCGUGGCCCCUGGCUCCAACAUAUCACAAGUCCAGUGGAGGCUCCAGUCCCUCCCAGAUCAGCCUCAUUACCUCGAUGGCUUUGAGGUUCUCUAUCGCUCUCUGCUGCCUGCCAGCUCCGACUGGGCUGCAAAGAAGGCAACGCUGCCCAGCUUCCAGACUCAGGUGGGCCCCUUAAAGAGGGGCUACAAGUAUGAGUUCAAAGUACGGCCCUAUGGAAGCAACUUGUACGGGAGGGAGAGCAACACCCGGCACCUCAGAGUCCCCGAGACAGUGCCCAGUGCCUGUCCACUGGCUGUGUCCGUAACAGUGAGCCACGAGCAGAACAACACCAUCCAUGUGAGCUGGGAGCCUCCUCCUCAUGACACCCACAACGGCAUCAUACAAGGCUACCAGGUGUGGUGUGUGGAGUCUGAGGAGCAGCUGUCCCAGAACUGGACAGUGGACAGUGGCCGACACAACCUUGAUAUCUCUGCUCUCAGAUCGGGGAAACGAUACUGGAUCACCAUAGCAGCUGUCAACGGAGCUGGAGUGGGAACACUCAGUGACCCUCAUGGAUUUGUCAUCAACCCACAAAAAGGCGGUUCCCCUGAGUCAGACAGCCAGAGACAGGAUCUGUCUCAGGUCUUGGCGCUUCUUCAGGAUCCGGUGCUGAUCGGUAGUGUUGGCGCCCUCCUGUGGUGCGUCCUGAUGGUUGCAGCUGUCUGCCUCUUCAGACGCCACAGCAGGACAGGUCACCUGCUGCCGAGACAUGGCAGGAGUAAAGGUUUGCACAGACUAGCCAGUGAAGAUCUCAUCAUAAAACACAGGAUGGCGGCUCCAGACUCACCGUGGAUCUCUGGAGGCUGGAGACCUGCCUUCAGCCAGAAGUACCAGGACCUGUGGGCCCAAGAUCAGAAGCAUCCAGGGAUCAGGAGCACCAGCCUCCCGGUGUCCUGGAAGGACUCUAGCCGUGUGGACUCAGCUGUCCCCAUCGUGACCGACAGCUGUGGCGUUUAUGGCACUUUUUACGUGGAUCUGAUGGGCAACGGCCUCAAGACCUUCAACAGUCCAGGACGCUGCCCUAAAAUGCCUCAUUGUCCGCCCCAUCAGCAAGGAGCCGAGACCAUCCAGAUCUUCUCUCAGCCUGUCUCAAAGAGCUCUCCCCUCGGGAGCAGGGAGGCGCUGCCAUGGAAACAGGCCAUACGUCCCCAGCCCAGGAUGGGUGUGCUGAGAGAGUCAUGGGAAAAAAGCCACAGCAAGCAAGAGUUGCAUGCAGUGAGCAGCGUCCCCUUAGUGUCAACCAGGAACCAGGCCUGUCCAUCCAGUGUCUACAAACAGAGACUCAGUCACAUUCCAUCAGGCCGCCACGAGCGUGAUAAAGUUGCUGGCUGUCCUCGCCUGCUGCAUUACUCUGCAUCAUUACACCUGAUGGACAUGCUGCCCCCCCCACCACCACUGCCCAUAGAGGACACCAUGGACACACACAGCCUCAGCUCAGAUGAAGGCUCCAGUCGUUCUACAAAGCUCACAGUGGACAUGGGCUCUCUGCAGUCGGUUUGUGCUCCAUCAGCCCACCGAGGGAAACCAGGAGCCUCCACCACCACCAGCAAUAACAGCAGCAGCUUCCCCUUCUACAACCACCUGUCUAACACAUCAUAUUCCACGUCAGUGGAUGAAGAACAGGGGGCCACGCUGACAGCACAGGAGGCCACACAGUAUCUCGAGCUCAGCCCCAAACCUGAGAGAUGCAGUGCUCUGCCUCAGCAGCACCCCUCCCUGCCCCACUCCUUCUCCCCCACCCUGGGCUACUUCUGUGGGCCAGCCCGCUCCCCUCAGCUGGAGGAGGACCCCGUCACCGAAGAGCCCGAGGCCCCACCGAUUGGCUUGCGGCACUCCCGCCUCCAGAGCACCCCCUCCUCCUGCUACAGUGAGUGGGACAGCUCGCUGUGGAACACCUGGAGCUCCGUCAUGGACAGCAAUAUGACCAGCGCCCGCACCAGCCUCAUCAGCUCGGUGGACAGCUGCUACACCAACGACAGCGCCAACUUCGCCCGCCUGCUGGCUGCGGCAGCGGAGAGCAUGAGUGGAGCCUCUUUGUCAGACUUCUCUCCGCCAGCCUCCCCGCUCAGCGCCUUGUAUCCGCCGUUUCGGGCAGAAGGCGACUCGUUUGGCGAGCUGGAGCCGGUUCCUGCGUGGGACUGGAACAUGGCCUGGGUGGAAGAAAUGGAGGCUCAAUAUAGAGCACACUAUCCUGGCAGAAGCUCCAAACCCUUUGACACUUAGGGGACUCUGCCAAGAAGGUAAAAGAUUUUGAGAACUUGACAAACACCUCAAAGCAACGCCAGAGCUGCAGGACAAAAAGACAUUUACUUAUUGAAAAGCGCAGGAAUUUUAAGGUCAAAAAUAUUCCAGAGUUUGAUGUGAUUUCCCAGUCAGAGACAGGUAAAUAUCUGGAUUUGAAAGAAAUAAUUACAGCCAGCUCCUUGAUGUUUGGACGCCUCUGCGCAUCUGUUGUUUGUCUCUUAUAGUUUUCCAAGUUUACCUCAGGGCAGUCCAGCUACUAUUUUGCAUCCUUCAAACGACUUCCAUUGAGUCUUUAAAGUUUUCCUCCCCUCUCUGCAUCCUUCCCGCUCAUUAGAGAAUAGGAUAAUGAGAUCCUUCCCUCGGGAUCUUCUCACCCAGUGUGUUUUGAAAAGGCCAGAGAGACACAGAGACGGGAUGAGAGACAGAGAGGAAGCAGUCAUUAGGCAGAAAUACAGCGCUGGAGUUUUUCCUCCCGGCUCAUUUGUUUUUUAUUUCCUCAUGUUUGUUGUGAGAUUUUUUAUUAGGGCUGAGGUCCCGCCAAACAUAGCUUCGCAUAGUGAUUUUGUACAGACUGUGUUACUGAUCAAGUGUAUAUAUUCAGCUUGUUCGACAAAUGUUAUUUAAAGAAUUUAAAAUAUUCCAAAUCUUUGUCUGUCUUCUCGGUUAUUUUGGUGAUCUGUUUUGCAUUCUCGGAACUCUUUUAUAUUUUUAAAAAUUUUUUUUUUUACUUAGAACACUGUCCAUUUUUUUACUCGAGAAACCCUGGGUAUAAACAGUGAGUUUGAGUUUUUUGGCUAUUUUGCUUCCGUGACUUCGCUUCCGAAAACCUUCAAAAUACAGAUUUAAAUGUUUAUUUUAGAUCCAAUUUCUGUUCUGGAAAUGUAUGCAAAAAGCAGAUAUUUUGUUAGUUAACGCCUUAAAAUAAGUGUCCUAACCCUUUGAAACCUGAACAAAUUUGGCUUUAUUUCUUUCAAAAACAUGUGAAGAAGGCAGUGAG